AUGUCAUAUAUAGUUCCUCCUGCACCAGCGCCAACCAAUGGAGUAAAUAAUACACCAUCUGUGAGGCCAUUUCCGUCAAAUCUCCCUGUUCCCUUCAUGUCACCUCCAACCAUAUCUCCUGCAACCGACCCUGUACGAUCUCCAUUUAAACCACCAGAACCAAAGGUUCCCGCUGCUUUAACUCCCCCCCCUACAAUAAGUCCAUUCCCUCCAACUCAUCCUUCACCAAAAUCAGGUAUAGUGAAGUGGACAAAAGGUUCCGGCUGCUUCAACUCCUCCCCCUACAAUAAGUCCAUUCCCUCCAACUCAUCCCUCACCAAAAUCAGGUAUAGGGAAACUCUCUAA